AGGAUCAGUGAACAAUGAGCUGGUGAGGGUAACCAAAUGAAACCAAAAUGAGAGGAAACAUCAGCAGAGCACUCAUCCUUUCUGCUCUCUGGAUAGGGUGCUGUUCGGUUCUUGUCAGUGCACAGUGCAAUUCAACUGAACUCAUCUCAAAUGCGACAACAACGAAACCAUGCAGUCUGUACAAUGGAACCACCACCAAUUCCACCAGCACCAAUUUCACAACCACCAACUUCACUCAAGUUACUUGCAGUCCUGGGAAUAUGACCUAUGCUAGCUCAUGGGGUGAGACUCCAUCAACAGGUGAUAUUGCUUCCAUGACUGGAGCUUUAGAAAGUCUGAGUCCAGAAAAUCUGAAGAGUGUUGAAUUCAUUCAGAUGUGGGUCUGUAUUAGGCUCCUUCCACUUCUGCCAGUCAUCAAUGACACCUUCAUGUCAGAACUGAGCAAGAAAGAGUUCACCUGUGAAAGUUACCAGGAAAUUGUGAAAGGACUAAGCCUGCAAAUCACCCUAAUGAGGACAGACCUACGAAAGUCCAUCUACACUAAUUUCAUCCUCCCAUUCCUCACCAGAAAUUCAGGCUGUGUGUCUGGAAACAUGAGCAGUGGAACAUGGCUCAAAAGCAACUUUGGUAAUUUCUCAACAUUUGCCAAGUUGCAAUACUUAAAAAAAAUUAAUGGAAAUUUCUCAGCGGAGGAAGUUUUAGAAUCCCUUUCUGCACAACAGAAAGCAGAGCUGAUACUAGAUCCAUCCAGUGGUGCUCUAGAGAAUGAGACGCUGGUGAAGGAAGUGCUGACAGGAAUACUCUCAUCCUCUGGGAAGGAGCAGCUCUAUGUGUUCUUUGAGACUUUUGUCAACGUCACCGAAGAGGUAAGCAGUACUUGUCUUUGAAAUGUAUACAUGACAUGAGCCAACACGGAAAAAAAUGAAGAUGGUGGUCAUGUGUCAAAGUGCGUAGAGUGGCCUUAAACCAGU